CAUGAUAAAUACGCAAGCUAAUUAAGCUAGCUACAUAUAUACUCUCUCAAAAGUUUACAUUAAUUGCUGAUAGCUCAUCAUCAGUUUGAUCGUGUCCGGAGGUGUGAGGUCGUCGGCGAGAUGAGCUCCGGCGGCGAGGAGGGGAAGACGUCGUGGCCGGAGGUGGUGGGGCUGCGGGCGGAGGAGGCGAAGAAGGUGAUCCUCAAGGACAUGCCCGACGCCGACAUCGUCGUGGUUCCGGUGGGGACGCCGGUGACCAUGGACUUCCGCCCCAACCGCGUCCGCAUCUUCGUCGACACCGUCGCCGGCACCCCCACCAUCGGCUAGAGCUAGCUACUAGCCUCAUCUGCCUGCCUUCAGCAUCCUGCUUAUCUUAAUUAAAUAAUCACAUGCACGCAAGUGAUAUGUACUGUGCAUGUUUCGAUCGAUCCAUCCCCCAUCUGAAUAAUGUUGGUUUUACCCUACGCACGUGUUAAUGUUUUUCUCCUACGAAUAAAUAAAGAGACCUUCAUUUAA